ACGCCCCACUGCCGUGUCGAAGAUUACGGCAAUGAAAAAAUAUUCCAGGAAAAAAUCUAACAAACAUUUGAUAAACAGAUGAGUUCGAGCAAGCGAGCCACGGUGGUGACAUUGAGUGAAGCCAGUGACUUGCGCCCGUCUGUCACCAUCACAGAUAUGGACACUGUGCACGAGGAAAAUGACAGCGACAGCGAUGAAUCUUCGCACUCGGACAUUACACGUCUACGCGAACGUACGAACGCUAUGUUGAGUCCGAACACAGAACCCCUGAUGUCUCACUCACAUUCCCAACCUAACAGCCGUCGGAUGUCCAACGACUUGGAGGCAAAGCUCGCAGCGAAUCUUAACACAAGGCGCCCAUCAGCAAUAAUAGCAGCGUUCCGCAGGCCGUCGCAAGCACUGGCGCUGUGUGCCGCCACACAGAAACGAUUUCUUUCCGAGCUCGGGCCGAAUUCUCGCACAUCCGUGGCUUCCACAAUACAUGAACAUCUGCCAUCCACUGCUGAAAUAUUGGGACAAGAUGCUUUAAGCAAGGCCUUGUCGGCCCUAUACGCAAAACUCCUAGUAGUCCUUGGUCUAGCUUUUCCCGUAACAGAAGUCAUCGCCAAUGGUGUAACGGAUGGCUACUAUCAGGGUUUCUAUUUAUAUUUAUAUCUAGUAUCAGUAUUGUUUGUUAUAUUUCAAUACGCAAACAUAAUGCGACAAAAAGCUGUUAGCAUGAUUAUUCAUGAAUUUGCAGACACAGAUAGAGAAGAAAAGAAUGGGAAAUCUACCCCGGGCGACAAAACUAAAAAGAAUGAAAAGGACAAGAUAUCACGAUAUGGAAGUUUUUAUUUAAGACUUGGUGCUAUAGCGUUCGGUAUUGGUUCUAUGGUUUACAGUGGAUUAGAAUUUGGAGAAUAUUUCGAGUUGACUGAUCGCUGUCGUUCGGUGCUUACUGCUACAACCCCGGUAGUACGAAUGGCUCUCACGUUGCUUCAAAUGCAAUUUAUAUUCCUCACGAACAAAGACAUUGAAACUGGCAGUCACAAAAUGAUACAAAGGUUUGGUUUCAUGCACAUGAUAGCUACAAAUCUUUGCGAGUGGUUGUACGUCCUUGUGGAAGAAACGAAGCAUGAAAUACAUCAUUUGGAGCACUCAAUGAUAGCUAAUGUUAUUGUCAAGAAUAAUGAAACCGCGGAGGUACCAUGCCGUAGAGGAAACAUGAUGGGAGGAUUGUUACAAAAUGCAUCACCUUUCCUGUUUCCGUGCACUAUUGAAUAUUCCCUCAUAUGCGCCGUCAUAUUGUAUGAAAUGUGGAAAGAGAUUAAAUGCACCCCUGAAGACUUCGAGCGGAAAUUCCAUUAUUCUAAAACAACUAAUCAGUCUCGAAAUAAUUCAGUGACACCGGAAAAAAUACUUCAACAAUUCGCGGGAAUGUUGGGCGUGGGUUCCCCAUAUGGCAGCCGCGCGAAGUUACAUCACUUCUCCUUGGACUGCUCCCACGCACACCGCGGCCUUUUCGCGGGCAUUUUUCUGAUCGUACUCACUAUUAUCUCCCUCAUUAUGUUCUUCGUCCUCGUUCACCAUCCUGAAACUAUAACUAAUGCAAUCUUUCAAGUGAACAUAUGUGAGCUUAUCUUAUAUACUGUGACUAUUAUAGUCUCGUGCUGCGCACUGUACCAAAUGAGAUCAUUGCCCUAUAAAAGGAAAUCUAGAGCGAUCCUAGGUUUGGACACUUCACUACUGAUCCUUGCACAAUCAGGAAUGUUUGUGUACUGCAUGUUCAGUCUGAUCGGGAGCCAUCACACUAUAAGAAAUGCUAUGGGCACCGGCCUCACUGGAUUUUUCUCGGAAUUCCUGUCUUUCUGUCAAACGAUUCUCCAAUCUCUGUUUAUAAUCGACGCGUGGUGGCGCCGCUGCCAAACCUCAGAGCACCGGAGGAAUAAACCCGGCCGACAACUUGUCACGUUCUUACUCGUUGCCAACAUGGCUAUGUGGGCUAUCAAUACUUUGGAAAAGAAUCGUGCGGAGUUCAGACCGGCUCACCUAAACUUCUAUGGGCCGUGGGCAUGGACAAUAAUCACGCACGUUUCGAUGCCGCUGGCCAUCUUCUACCGGUUCCACUCCACCAUCUGCCUCUUUGAGAUCUGGAAGAACAGCUUCAAGAGCAAACCCAUCUAUUUGAACAUGGCGUAAAAUUGCAUUUGCUCUAAAGAUACGAUAAGUAC